CUUGCUCUUCUCGAGUGACAGAAUUGCAACCAUUCGAUGAGUGAUUUCCGUUCUCUUUUGCGGCCGCCUUGGGGUCGAACUUGAGUCAAGGUCAUUUCGAAAAGAUGUCAGUUUUUAAAGACCGCGAUGCCUUAUCGCCGUCUCUAUCACUGAAAUCAAGCGCAAGAAAUCCUCUUUUUGGUUGAAAAUUAGCGAUUAACGAAGUGAUAAAGCUUUCUUAUUUUCGUGUUGUACUUGCAUAGACCUUAGCGCCGGAAACCUAUCAAGUAUCUGUGGUCCUGGUAUGACCGGUUUGUCAACCUGUUUAUUUAUAGCCAUGCGGCAAGUCCAAGGUUCAUGCAGUCGCGGGAGCCACUCUUGGCAGAUCACAUCUGAAGCUAUGGGAGCCGCUACCGAGCGAAAGGACGUCUUUGUAGCAACAAGUGUGGUUGACUCGUGGAUUUUCACACCAGAUGACUACUCAGAUUCAUCAGGGAACUCAGUUGUUCAAUUUGACAAGGCGUGCUUGCUUAAAAGAGUUCCCCUCUAAAGAUGACGAUGAAAAAAAGUCUUCUAUGGGGAGAACUAACGUUGUUGAGGAUUAACCGGCAGUUUCCCUGCAACUAGGGAGUACACUGGCUUUUAUAAAUCCCUGGAGGGCUCUUAGAAGUCGCACCCAAGAUCGCACUGGGAUCGACUCUUGACAAAACAAGUGUUACGCCAUUUUCAAAUAAGGUUGCACUCCGAGAACGUGCAAAAUUUGGUGUUUUUACAUGCGCACUCUUUUGCUUAUUUAUUUGAUACUAUAUAGCACUGCCAGUAGCUCGCUCUGAUGCAGGCUACGACACAUGAAUUCCGAAUGUCACCUUAUUUGAAAAUUGGUGUUUAUUCCCGUUAACAUUUCGAAACUUUCCGAUAAGCUCCCGACUACAUACGUCACCGUAUUUCGGAAAUUUUCCCAAAUUUUGAACAUUUUAGUUUUGAAAUUUCUGAAGGACAAAAAAUGAUGACGAUGAUGAUGAAAAUAUAGGUAAGGUUAGCAUCCGUUGAAAAGAUGCGUUUUGUUUAUUAGCCGCCGAUACCCUCGUUAGGCCUCUGAUUACUCUAAGCUAUCAUUGGAAGGCGGUGCAACCAGGGGAUCUACGUCUAAGAUCUUGUUUCCUAUCUUCAUGCUACGGAGACAACAGAACAAUUAAAAAAAAAUUUCAUUUUAUCAUUUUUUCCGCUGAAAUAUCGAAGAAGAAGCAAAAACAAGAACUUGAAAUAUUUUUUAAGAUCGUCAUAAAUAACAACGGCAUUGUUAUACAAUUUUGUUUCUAACUUUUUGUCUUUUUCUGAAAUUUUGGCUGGGUUUUUCACAAUGGCAGCCCCGUUAUAUUCGGGUUGAUUAAUCUGGAGUGAGAUGAUCAUAAUCCAAAGAGCCUCUUAUAGUCUUCACGACGAAUGAAAAAGCUUUUUUAAUGAUGACCAAACAGACUACUGGGGUUUCUACGAUUACCCAGAAUGCUAUGCAAGUUUGCAAUCGAAGGGCGCGAUACAAACAGGAAGACCAAACAUUUAGGUCGAUUAGCACUUACCAAAAUAUCUAAGUUGGCUCUAUAAAAAAUACCAUAUUUAUGUAAAUACUAUGAGAGAAAACAAAUAUAGACAAGUUUAUGUGCAAAAGCAAUGGUGUAUAUUUAUAAAUGAUAAAUAAUAGUGUAUAUUUAUGAAAUAAAAGGCUUGUGGUAAAAUAAAAA